GAGACUUGUUUGCUACCAAAAGAUUUAUUUCGAAUCGUUCAAUAAUUGAAAGGACUUUUGGGAGCUUGGAAGAAACUGCGCAAAUAGACGACAGCGCCGAGAACAACAAUGGACUCCGGGGCUAUGCGACGAGGCGGCCAGCCCAGGUCCAGCAUUCCAGCCAAACGAAGCGCCGCCGAUGCCCAAGAAGAUGCUUGGGUCGCUGACGAAGACCGCUUCGUGCUCAAGCAGGCAAAGAAGAAGGCCAUCAUCAGAGCCCGUGCUGGAAGAGCCGACCCCAUCGAUCUGCUGGCAGUCACACUACGCGCCUUGGAUGCCACGAAGAACGGCUACGACAGCGACGACGAUGACCAAGAACUACCCACCGUCGACCCCGAAGCCGUCUUCGAGGGCCUUGACGACAUUCAACUGGAGGAGCUGGACAAAGGCAUCGACACAUAUCUGGCCCUCGAGCAGAGCAGGAGUAACCGCGACUUCUGGAAUACAAUGAAGGUCAUCUGCAAAGACAGACGGCGCGCUGCUCCCGGGAAGCUCCAAACCGCACGCGGCAUGUCUUCGGUCACACCGGAAAUCGAUCGCCUACUCGCUCCAAAGACGCACGAACAACUAGAGACUCUGGAAAAGCAGGUCAAGGCCAAAUUGAGGUCCAAUGAUGACAUCGAUGUUGACUAUUGGGAGAACCUGCUCAAGAGUCUGUCAAUCUACAAGGCCAAGGCCAGGCUACGCCAAGUGUCCAAGUCUGUCGUGGGUGCCCGUCUGGAGACCUUGCGACAGCAACAGGAACAAGAAGCCCUGGUUUUGCGCAAUCAAGUCAGAGAGAAGCUGAAUUCUGCCUCUCUGACUGGUACUGGAGAACAGCUUCCAGUUCCAGAGUCACACGCCGCACUGGAUCCGGAGCCAUUACUGCGCUUGAACCCUGAAGACAAGGCCUUGGUCUCACUGGACGAGGACGACUUCAAGCAGAAAUUGCUUCAGGACAGACGCAGAAUCCUCAAGCUCGGCUACAUUCCGACUCGUCAUGGCGCCAAAACAUCGAGUACCGAUAUUGCUGUGCCUUCUGAGCAGAAGCGUGAUGACAUGUCCCGUGUCACCAGCGCGCUUUAUGAUCGAGAGGCCGCAAGGGGCUUCAACGAUAACGAAGAGGCUUUCAAUGCCGAAGAGGACGUCUCAUCUGGAAGACCCAAAUGGGCUGACACAUACCGGCCGAGGAAGCCUCGCUACUUCAACAGAGUCCAGAUGGGCUACGAGUGGAACAAAUACAAUCAGACUCACUACGACCACGAAAACUUGCCUCCCAAGGUUGUGCAAGGCUACAAAUUCAACAUCUUCUACCCCGAUCUGGUCGACUCGACAAAAGCACCAACUUUCCGCAUAGAGCGCGAAAAUGGUCGCAAACGAGGCGAAUCUUUCGCACCCGCUGGAGCUGAGGAUACUUGCCUCAUUCGCUUCAUUGCUGGCCCUCCAUACGAAGACAUCGCUUUCCGCAUCGUAGACAAAGAGUGGGAUUACAGCGCGAAGAGAGAGCGUGGCUUCAGAAGCAGCUUCGACAAGGUACGUCGCAUUGUUCUUUUUUCUCCCUUCCCCAAGCGUAAAAGGCGAAUUGUUCUGUUCUCAAAACCUGCUCUGGACGAGUGCUUUUGCAACUUCGAGAACGGAAGGGCAGAGUGCACUGCAUGUUUGGAGUGCGCUUUGACGAGGUUGAAAGAGAACGCAGUGUUUUCCCGCACCUGCGUGUUGCUGCAACGCUGUAGCUCGAUCUCCUGCAGAUCAUAAUGCAAAUUAGUCCAAGCUUUUCUGACAUGUUACCUCAGGGCAUUCUUCAAUUGCACUUCCAAUUCAAAAAGAUCUACUACAGAAAAUAGAGCUUUGCCAGCAUUGCUUCGCCACAUAUGCGCUUCAUACCAGCAUACGACAGCUCGU